AUGUUGGCUGUUGUUGUUUCCGUGGUCCUGUGUCAAUGUUUAACUCAUGCAGGUUAUCUUAGUUCAAAUGUGAUGAGGAAAGAUGAGAACGGUACGAUAAUAAAUUCAGUUUAGACUGAAAUCAAUAGACAAUGACAAGAGGGAAACCGGAUAAGUGACUAUAUAGAGAAACUUCUACUUUCUUUGUUAACAACGCAAAAUAUAAUGCCAUCUCUCCCGGCCAGUUUAACGAGGACCGAUUUUGAAUUACAAACGAUCCAGCACAUUGUACAUGUGUGAUAUAUCCCGAAAAACAAAGCUUGAUAAAUCUAUUUUCUAAUUUGCAUCCAAACUCAAAUAGACUGCCCUCAGCAGAACGACAUUCAGGUAUUUUGUGUUAAAAAAGGUUUACAAUACUGAGAAACCCGUUACGGUACUUUAUUUGCUAUACUAGAAGUUACUAUCGCAAGGAAAGUGCUGCCUUACGACGAAAGCCCUGGGAAUUUACUAUACCAGUAAACAUCAUUUAUUGCCUUAUACACACUGUAUGUACGACUUUAUUUUGUUUAAAAAAAUCGAAAUUACAACAUGCAAUAAUUACUAUAUACUGUGCAGUAUAUUUGGUACAAAUGUUUUAAAGCGUCUUCACAGCUGAACAAUAAUAUUAAUUUUCAGUUAAACCAUACAAUUCAGCAGAUCACUACUGGUCUUUAACAAAGAUUGAAAAGAGAAAAGACAAAAUUGUGAAAGAUGAAUGUGGAAAAAGAAACGCUAGAGUUUCUGAUGGUGUAACGACGAAAAAUGAUAUUGAGCUGGGUAGAGUGGUGUCAUUACACACAAAGCGUGAUUACCUGAUAAUGACGCCGCUAAAGUCCAGAUGUAUUAGUGAUCCCUUUUACUGUAAACAAGGAAUUACCAUUGAGUUAUGGUUAAAGUUUCGCAGAGGUGUGUAUUUAGUUUAAUUUUGAAUUCAUAUCAAUGUCCUGAAUAGAUCUUAUAUAUAUAAUCAAUAACACAAGGACCUAACCGUGUUGUCGUACUAGUGGCUACUACCAUGUAUCAAAAUCCAAUAAAAACAAAAAUGAUCCCAAUUCCAUGAAGCAACACAGCUAUCACGCAAUGAAAUUCUAAUUUCAGGAGAAUACAUUCUCAGUUCAGGUGGUUAUACAAAACGCCUUGUUGGUCCUGGUUUUCUACUUCAAUAUAACUCUAAAAUCCAUCGCUUACAAUUCCUGCUAUCUACGAGGUCUCGGCUCUGGUCAAUCCAAUUCAAUGCGAAAAAAUCAACUUGGGUACAUUUGUUGUUUGCCUGGGAAAGAACGCAGGGUCUCGUUGUUUAUGAAAAUGGUGAAUUUCUAACGAAAGAUGAAACGGGCGAUAAUGUUCGCUACCCAAGUUUUGUAAAUAAAUAUCGAACACUAGCAGUUGGCGAUCCAGGUAUCUUUAUAAAAUUGAGAUCAGGAGGUCGUUUCGAGAUCGGUCAUUUGGUAAUAUGGACUAGACGUCUUCUUCCUCAAGAAAUUAAACUGAAAGCAUUUAUGGCAGUUGUUAAACAAGACUCGACGUCCAGACAAUGCUGCAGGAAAAAAUCUAGUAAGUUUUCAGCAAUACUAUAUAUAUAUCAAAAUAUAUGGUUAUUGGUUGACGGUUAUUUUUAUUUUUCUAUAAGACGAUCCUUGCACUGCCGACGGAUGUUUUUAUGAUGAAGCUCGCUGCAACAAUAUUGGUCAAAAGUAUCCUUGCAUAUGUUCCGCUAUCAAAGAAAACAAAACAUGUCCAAAUGGUAAGCACUGAGUCCAGCCGCUGCGUAUUCACCCAAGCUUUUCACGACAUCAAACUUUAUGAUAAAAUAUGUUGUUGAUGCAUUUACAAACCAACAUUUGAUAAUUAUAUAGGCGUAAGAUUUCAACGAUCGUGUCAUGACAUUGCCAACGAUUGCUCAACGCUGGCAAGACAACCGAAUUACUGCGACUUCUAUGUCAAAGAAAUGAGGGCAAGCUGUGCGAAAUCUUGCAACUUUUGCAGUAAGUAAAAUAGAAAAUGAUCUACUAUAUAUUCCCGGUUAUAGGUUCGAAUUAGGAUACAGCAUUCAUCAAGUAAAGAAUCGUUGUGUUAGUUUUAACUGUGCACGAGCACUCCAUCACAAAAAUGAUCUAUCCUUGUUUAAUUAAUGGAUACACCUUUGCGGUGUCCAUCGAGUAAGUAAGGGGUGCUAAUCAUCCUUACUCGCAGCUCUGAGAGCUGCAAUCAUACUUAACUGCGAAGGACACAGCUCUAUACCUGAUCGAGUCGAAGGGUGUUUUCUAUGUCAAGUGUUUGAUUUUGAAUGACAAGUUUUCAAAAGCCUAGGAGACGUGUCAUUUCUAUCAUUUCUUCCCCAGGUCCAACCGUUGCUCUCUCGUCCAAUGUAGAAGAUGAAGAUUCAAAAAUUAUAAUUGUGGCGAUUGCAGUUGGGGUUACCUGUGUCUUAAUGUUACUUAUUAUGAUCGCGGUUGUAAUGGCAAGAAUGAAUAGGUAAGACCACGGAACUUUAAAGACAACUGGAUGCCUAUGCUUCGGUCAGAAUGUAGCCAUUUUAAUACUGACGUCAUUACAAAAUUUCGUCCAAACUUUAAGACGAAGAGAAAACUACAUCAUAUUGAUCUAAAGCAAUAUUUCUGAUAUAUAUAACUAAUGAAAUAGUUCAAGGGUUUCAUUCUCUUAUUUUUGUUUAGUAAAUGGCAAGGAGAAUUUGUUCCAGGGAAUAAUCUCAGUGGUAGCAUAACCGCUGACCCCAACACACAAGAAAUGAUCGCAGCUUCAGUGGAUCCAGCAGCGAGAAUAACAGACGUUCCUUUCAAGUCACCAAAGGUGAAGAAAACUACCAAGGUGAGCAGAGUGGAACACGCCAUGACGUCAUAA